GUGUAAUCCGCCAUCCUUGUAGCUCUUUGCAGAAGGGCACGGAGAGGCCGAAACAAGGGUGCCCGGUGUAGCAAGAACUCGGCACUUCAUCCUUCAAACAUGCUGUCCAGGCUCGUCUUCGUCUCUGGUAUGCAUUAAGUCUUACUUUGGAGAUUAUUGACAAACGCAUAAGGUUCUCUUAUCACCAAACUGUGAAGCGGGAGCAGCAAAAGUUUAAAGUGUCUGUGAAGGGUAAAGUGAAGGCCGCACAUUGAAUGAGUGACAUGCUAACCUGUAGAUGUACAUGCUGUACCUGAACCACAUUGAUUAAACUCUGAAACUCGCACUAGUUUAUUCUCUAAAUGUUUGGGUGAUGGUAAAACUGUGGGUGGUGCAGCAUUUUUUGUAUUUAAAGUACACACCAAUAACAGAUGACUACGGCUAACACAACACAAGCUAAUCAAAGCUACAUAUGUAGCUCUUAGCUCUCAGCUCUGCAUGUCUGUAAAUGUCACCUUUUUGACAGCUGACAUUGAUGGUUUUCUGAGCUUUUUGCAUCGUAUAAGUGCAAAUUUAUCUGGUUCUGUUAUGCAGGUAAACCCACAUGAUUAUUAUUGUAAUGCAUUCAUAGUUUUCUCUAAUGACUGCAUAUCGGUUAAUAGCAGCAGUUCAAUGAUAUUAAGCUUCUUGGUCCCAUCCUAUAAAUGUUUGAUUUGUAAUGUACUACUCUCAGUUUUUGUAAAGUAAUUGACACUUUAUUUACUGUUUUUAAUCACAUAAGACUCAACAUUUCCUCUAGCAUAUCCUUCAUGAAGGUUAAAAUGGUCAACCUCAGAAGAAUUGAGAGGAAUUUUAUUUCAUUGUUAAUAAAACAAACUGAAAUAAGAAAUAACCAAAAACAAAUACUGGCUCUGCUGUUGAGUUUCUCUUUCUUGUUUCUUUUGCAGCCAAUGCCUUGAAAGGCAGUGGCCCCCUUGGAGCUGGGUAUGUGUCUUCAAUUGUCUUAUUUUACUGUUUUGUUUGUCACAAAUUUUAUGCAACAACACCUGUAUAUGUAACCAAGCCUAAUCCUUAUAAGCCUGUUCACAAUAAUAUUCAUAUUGUGUCUCACAGUCUGGUCCAGGCGUCUCGCUCCCUGCACACAUCAUCCCAGAAUCUGGCCCCAGUCCCCCCUCUGCCAGAGAAGGGAGGCAAAGUUCGUCAUGGUAUCUUCCCAGAGGAGCUUUUCCAGCUUUUGUAUCCCAAAACUGGAGUUACAGGUCAGUAGUCUUAAAAGACAGUCAUUGCUCAGUUUUAAACACCUGCUUUUUGAUACCUGUGUGUUUGAUUUUGUUUAUUCAAAGUAAACUUUUCAAUUAAUGAAGCUGAUCAGUGUUCUUGCAUAGAUGAGAGCAGGGCGAUCAAGUUAGACCUACAGAGAAGACUGGUAUUGGCAGACAGCAGUGCUGCCUAAAGUUGAAAUCUUUUGACAAUAUAAUAUGAAAGCUUGGGAGAAAGCAAAGUUUUAGACUACUUUGACAUGUCUUCAGCUUAUUGUGAUCUUUGUAGGGGUGCAGUUAUGUCUGCCAAAUACCUUGGUGUGCAUAAAUGCAACAUGUCUUUGGGUUUUUAGGGAGGGAAAAUAAAGUAUUGUUGCAGAGGAACAGGGUGUACCCAUUAUAUGACAUGAGGCAAAUAAGAAACUGCAAAUCAGAAUGUAGCACAGAAAUAUUUAUCUUUUGAUUAUCGCUAUCAGAACCAAUAUCAGAUCAGUUACACAGCUGCUUUUUUCUGUGCUUAGUUAAACUUCAGGGAGAGUCAUCUUGGGUACUUACACUUUGGCGUUUUCAACAGAAGGCCAGGUUAUUAAUUUUGCAAACAAAGUCAGCGCUCUGCUGAUUACUGCCAGUCAAGUCAACUGAAAGUCUUUGUUAACUUAAUCUUUCGUCCGUUCGGCUGUGGAGAUGUCAACUGUGUUGGACACGUAGUGCUGAUUGUGCAAAUUUCAUCCACGCCAGAUUUGUGUGAGAUGUUCUGGAGUUUUAAAAAACAUGAGACACAGACUUGCAUAAUUUAGUUGGUUGUUUGUCUUAAAUGGCAACAUAACUGAUGAACAGUGACACUAAGAGACACACUCAUCCAUAGACUCUUAUCUAAAACAAGAUGAUGGUUUUAUGGAGUGGUUUACAAAAGUCCAAUUGCCUGUUGUCCCUUUCUGCUUUUAUUUUGUUUUAUAAAACUAACAUUCAAGAGAUGAUUUGCUUAAAAUGAAAAACAUUUCCCCUUCCUCUUCAGGACCCUACAUGCUGGGCACUGGACUCCUCAUCUAUAUGCUGUCAAAGGAAAUUUAUGUCAUCAACCAUGAGACCUUUGCUGCCCUCUCCAUCGGCUCCGUCAUCGUCUACGGUGUUAAGAAAUUCGGUCCAAGUGUCGCAGCUUUUGCUGACAAACUGAAUGAGGUGGGCUGGUGACUGGAUUUGUGUUUACAACUUAGAAGUAAUUGACAGAUUUUCUGUAACUGGGCUUUCCUUCUCAGUCUAUUGGCCUCCUCCUCUUUGCCCAGCUGUGUGUAGCACCUUUGUGACUGUGUUUUUUGUGUGUGUGUGUUUACAGGAGAAAGUGGCCAAGGCUCAGGAGGUGAAAGACGCCGCUUUGGCCAGCCUCACUCAGGCUGUUGAGCAGGAGAAGAAGGAACAGUGGAGAGCAGAAGGAAGAACACUGCUCUUUGAUGCUAAGAAGGUAGACAACAGUUUUAAUAUUUUACAGCCUCUUCACACUCAACAACUUCAAAUUUAUAAAUAACUCUGUCUGUUUGCAACUGCAUAGUUGCAAACUUGCACACUUUUACCUUUAAGCCUCCGGGUGCAAAAAGGGAACCAUUUUUUCUUUUUUACAACAUUGAUGACCUCUGUUGGUAACAAGUAGAUGUUGCAGCAAUAUUGUGAUCAGAACAAGCUGCAGCAUUUGUCAUGAUCGUGACGAGCAGCAGAGCCAAGAAGAAAAGAGUUAAAUCUCUUGUUAAAAUAAAAGUUCAUGUCUUUAAACUCAUCAUGCAUAAUAAAUGUUCAAUGUCUAUUGCAUCUCCCUCUAGUAUCAUAAGUCAUAUUUGAAACCUUUUCUUUUUACCACAAAAAACUGCAUGAAGAAGGAAUUAAGGCACAAUCUUAGUAGUCCUAAAAAAAAACAUUCGUCAUAAAGUUUAAAAGAGAGCAUUGUUGUGUCUUUCUCUCAGAACAACGUGGCCAUGCUGCUGGAGACAAACUACAGAGAGAGGCUACACAUGGUGACCAAUGAGGUGAAGAGGCGUUUGGACUAUCAGAUCGCUCUCCAGGAUCUCCACCGCCGAAUGGAGCAGGAACACAUGAUCAACUGGGUGGAGAAGAGUGUCAUCGGCAGCAUCACCCCCCAGCAGGUCAGUCUUCAUGUGCCACUGUCAGAGGACUCAAACAAGUGCUACUUAUCCAUCAAGUUGUUCAGUAUUUGAGCAUUUUUCAGAUACACCUUGUAAUAUUUUUCCCUAGGCUCGCUUUGCCACAUGGUCUGAAUAUUUACUGAAUAUUUCAUCAUGACAGUCAAAGUAAAUGUGAAAGUAAAAUACGAAGUCUGAAGUCCUGAAAUGCAACUUUUUAAAGCAUUUCAUAACCCCUCAUUAGUGUGGCUUGACAGUGAGGCUUUCAUAUAAGUGCUGAAGCUGAUAUUCCCCCCUAAGUAUUUAUGACUGAUAGCUCCAGGUUAAAUGAGCAGUUACAAACUUAAGUCUGUCUUUUUGUGCGUCUUUUUAUUUGCCUUUGUGUUCGUGUCUGACACCAACUGUUCUCUGAUUUAGAUUAUUUAAGCUGUAUUUUUUUUAAUGCCUAAGUUAUUCUUCAGCAUUUCACAACUUUGGCAUUUUCACUUAUGGAAAAAAAAAAGUUAACAAAGACUAAGAAAAAAUGUCUUUUAACAGCUGUGUUUUGACUUGUUUUUAACCAGGAUUCACAAUAAUUAGGUUAUUUUAAUCUGGUUUUUAACUGCAGGGGUUGUUGUUCUUGUUCCUGAUGUCUCCUUUGUAUAUCAAAACGUUAAAACCUCCUUACUUAACGUCUGUAUUCGUGUCUGUCUUUUUUUUUUUUUCAUUUGUGUGUAUUUCAGGAGAAGGAGAGCAUCGCCAAGUGCAUCUCAGACCUGAAGGUGCUGGCCAAGUCCACUAAGGCUACGGUCUAAUGUGGUCUAAUCCAUCAAGUCUUCAGAGAAGGCUGUUCUUGUCCCUCAUUCUUUGCCCCAAGACGAGACGCUCACAUUUUUUCUUUACAGAAUAAACUAUUUCCUCCUUUAAAGAUUGUCUCUGUCAAUAAUAUGGGUGUGUACAGUAUUUACACGUCAGCUGAUGGUAAAAUAAAUGGUUCUUUAAUUCAACUA